GUCAGAAACAGUGUCACCAAGUGUCAUUAUUGAUGACUCCUUUCGUCAUUUUUCUGGCUUGAUCGAAAACCAAAAACCAAAGUCAGCCACAACUCCAACAACGACCACAACUCAAAUCACAAGAAGGCAACACCAUGAAGACCACUGUGUUUUUUAUUAUGGUGGCGCUGCUGGUGCUUGGGUAUCUCCACUUGCUGACCAUGUAUGCACAAAGAAUAGACAGCAGUGUCAUUUUUCACCAUGUUGCUGCUCGUAAUAGUAUUCAAGAAGAAUUCAAGCAGUCUCAUCAGUCACAACAAUACCAGUCAGGUCCUCCUCUAAGUGAUAGUCGUAGUGUUCAGCUCCCACCACCCCGACUGUCAGCCGCAGAAACCAAGCAGCUUCAAGAACUGACCGCUUUUUCUUCUCAGGAAUUGCCUCCUCUCGUCCAACGGAUACCAGACCAUCAAGGACGUUCCAUUCCCAAAGACAAGGCCACACUACUCCAACAACUUGCUGAUCUCGACGAUCCACAGAUACGAGCCCAACGAGUCCUGUACAUUAUCACUCCCACGCACAAACGAAUCACACAACGAGUCGAUCUCAUGCGAUUACAACAAACACUCACAUUGGCAUCGCUCCAGUACCAUCACUCACUCAUUUACUGGAUUAUACUGGAAGAUGCUCCCACCUGUUCCCACGCCGUACGCAACAUUGCACAAGAAUCCGGACUCUAUUUUGCCCACAAGGCGGUCCACAGCAGUGAUAACAACAAUAAGAAGAAGAAGAAAAAGACGCCUCAUCGAGGACUGGCACAACGCAAUGCCGGACUGGAAACGGUACUCCAAGUGGGCAAGGAAGGAGUUAUUUACUUUGCCGAUGACGACAAUGGAUACGACAGCCGAUUGUUUGCCGAAUUGUUAUUUACGCGACACACCAGUAUAUUCGCCGUGGGAUUGAGUGGCGGAGCAGCCUACGAACGAUGUCACGUCGAUCCUACCACGGGAAAAGUCGAUGCCAUUUUGUCCACGUGGAAACCCAAAUACAAUGUGGGCAAACGCACCCGCAAAUUCCCCAUGGACAUGGCGGGAUUUGCUCUAUCUACCACCGCCCUCGUUACGACCAAAGCACGAUUUCGUCCUCAAUCCACGGCCGGCAUGUUGGAGACGGAUUUCUUGUCGUUGCUUGUGGCGGAUGUGGCGGAAUUGGAACCCUUGGCCGCUAAUUGUACCCGCAUCUUGGCGUGGCACGUCAAAACCACCGAACCACAAUGGGCACAUAAUCCCGAACUCGAUGGGGACGGCACAAAAACAUUUGCGCUCAUUAAGAGUAUGUUAUGAUACAGUAGUGAAGUGAUGAACUGGAACGGGUUGGAAACAUUACAAAACAACAAAUUGGAAUGGAACUGGGGAGUAGUUGUACAUGGGGUUGGGGAUACGUAUACUACACAACAACAAAACAUCUGAAGACGCAUAAGAAUAGAAUGCUAGCGUCGUUGAGGUACAGUACUGUAUCUGCUUGCUCUGGCUGUUUAGAGCCCCGGCACCGCCCUGAGCACUGAGUACCGAUAGCUAGAGAGCGCAUCAAAAGAUGACGUGCAGUAAGCGCGGGCAGGAGAAGGCGUUCACAGUCGAGGUUGGAAAAUUGAGUUCGCCCAACGGAGAAGGCAUUUACAAGAGUUUAGUCUCCAGUUCCAUUUGAUUUGGAGGGAACUGCGAACCGUCCAAUCUGAGUGAGACUUUGCCUUAUUCGGUUGCUGGCAAGCCACAUGCUGCUGCUGCUGCUUCAAUAUUCACGAUGAUUGUCUAGCCCAAAUUGUCCAG